AUGGUGGCUCUGCUCUCUGGAGAGCACCAGCUGGGGAGCCCCGGCUUUCCUUCAGCGGCUGACUCGCUCCACAACACCGGCUGGUGGUGGCUGGCAAACACCACGCUGGGAUGUAUGCUGAUUGCCUCCCAACUCGAACCAACAUAUGCCAGGAGAGUUUAUCCCUGUUUUGAUGCCCCUGCCAUGAAGGCUACAUUUAAUAUCAGAAUUGUCCAUGACCCAAGCUAUGUGGCUCUUUCCAACAUGCCUGCUAUUGAUGUAUCUGAAAUGAAGGAUGAAAAUGGAAGCCUGUGGACUGUUACCACAUUUAACACUUCUCUGAAAAUGUCAACUUACUUGACUGCUUUUGUGAUUUGUGAUUUCGAUUAUGUCACCAGAACCGAGCGGGGAAACGAGAUACGUAUUUGGGCUCGGAAAGAGGCAGUUAAAAAUGGGUAUGUUGACUAUGCUUUAAAUAUCACAGGACCAAUAUUUUCAUUUCUGGAAGACUUGCUUAACGUCAGCUACCCUCUGCCAAAGACAGAUCUGGUUGCACUGCCUGAUUUUGGAGCAGGUGGCAUGGAAAACUGGGGACUAAUGACUUUCCAAGAAUCAUCAUUGAUGUACCUCCCAAGUGAUAAACUCACAAGCAGAAAGGCAAUGAUUGCCAUAAUUGUGUCACAUGAGCUAGGACACCAGUGGUUUGGAAAUCUGGUUACAAUGAACUGGUGGAAUGAUCUGUGGCUUAAUGAGGGACUGGCAUCUUACUUUGAGUACCUGGGAGCUACCUUCAUUGAACCCAAACUUUCACUGGAUAAAAUCUUUUAUGAUCAUGUUGUACAACCUGUCUUAAGGGAAGACAAUGAAAUAGGAGUUCGAUCACUGUCAGAGAGUGAAGACAAGAUCAAAGGAUCAUUUUCUUUAAUGUCUCUGUUUGACAGCAUCACAUACAACAAGGGGGCUUCUAUUACCUGGAUGCUUUCUGGUUUCCUGACUGAGAAGUUGUUUAUCAGAGCACUCACUUCAUAUCUGAAAGAAUUUUCCUUCUCAAAUGCUAACCAAGAUGAUCUCUGGACCCACAUACAGAUGGUUGUAGAUGCACAGGAUGAAGUUCAGUUGCCAGCAUCUGUAAAACAAAUCAUGGAUUCCUGGACAUGCCAAAAUGGGUUUCCAGUUUUAACAUUAAAUCUAACCACUGGCACAAUCAGUCAGGAACAAUUUCUUAAUAAAAAGAAUGAAAACAGUACUGAUUCUUACAAUAACACAUGGAUUAUUCCUAUUUCUUGGAUGAGAAAUGGAUCAUCACAACCCUUAAUGUGGCUAGAUAAAAGCAGCAAAGUGUUUCCUGAAAUACAAGUAUCGGAGUCAGAAUAUGACUGGAUCCUGCUAAAUGUAAAUUUAAGUGGAUACUACAGAGUGAACUAUGAUAAAUUAAACUUAAAAAGAUUAGCACGCGUGCUCGAAAGUGAUCCAAAGGUNNNUCCUGCUGUCAGCAGGUUCCAGCUGAUAGAUGAUGUUUUUGCAUUGACACAGUUUGGAUACAUUCAGAUUGAAACAGCACUUGAACUAACAAAGUACCUUGCCAGAGAAGAUGAACUCUUCAUAUGGAAUGUGGUAUUGUUAAACCUAGUACCUGAGAAUUUGGAAGGUACUCUGAAGAAUUAUGAAGUAUAUCCACUUUUAAAGAAAUACCUUUUAAAGAGAAUGUUGCCAAUAUACCAUUAUUAUGCAGGUUUUAUUCGUCAAAAUGUUGAUGCUUUGGAAGAUGACUAUUUUGCUCAAGUGUAUCUGGAAAAACUUUUUGCAACAGCGUGCUGGAUGGGCCUCCAAGACUGUUUGAAGCUGUCAUCUGAACUGUAUGCUAAGUGGAUGGACAACCCUGAGUACAAAAUUCCCUUUUUAAUUAGAAGAACAGUCUGCUGCUAUGGUAUUGCAGUGGGAAGUGAUAAAGAAUGGAAUUUCGCAUGGGAGAUGUAUAACCAUACCAACUCCACAAAGGAAGAUAAAGACAUCCUGCUCUCUGCCAUGAGCUGUGCCAAAGAGUCAUGGUUACUUUACAGAUACUUGCAAUAUGGACUCAGUGAUACAUUAUUUUCUUCCAAUUGUACUUCAAUCAUCAUCUUAUAUGUCGUGACUAAGGAUAUUGGGCACCGUAUAGCCUGGGAAUUUGUUACGGAAAAUUGGCCACUUUUGAGUGCAAGAUAUGGGAAGGAAUUAUUACAUGAUGUAUUAAAACUCAUGGGAAGAUUCGUCAAUACAGAUGUACAGAUCCAAGAGUUGCAGGUUUUUUAUAAUACUACAGUGGAAGAGAAAGAGAGAGUGGCUACUACUCUACUGCUGGAGUAUACAAAAUUUGAAAAUAUGGAAAGGAGAGAACUGCUAACCAAAGUUGCCAACUGGUUACAGAAAAAUGUAGAUGAUUGA